AUGUCUAAGCAUCCAAGCCCCAGCACCUUCAGGCUGGGCGAUUUACCCAGGGAAUUAGUUUUGGCGAUUGCAAAUGCGGCGCCUAUCCGGGACCGCUGUAUUCUUCACCAAACCUGCAAGCAUUUACACUCACUCCUCGCAGAUAGUGUCACAGAGGAGAGACGACUGACUGCGCAAGUCCUACCCUCCAAGCAAGAAUACGAGGAACAUGACUGGGAAUGGAGUUCUCCAAAUGCAUUUCAAGUACCGCAACGCACCCUAUGA